AUUUCGAUAGCUACGGUAAACAAAUGACAAAUGAUGGAUAAUUUUACAUAGAUACUAAACAUUUGCGAUAGAAAUGAUGCUGGAAUCGUCCAAUUUGUAUUUAUUUUAACGCUUUAGAAAUAUUCUCUGACAAUGGCAGCAGCCGAAAUCCAAGGAAGUUGGUACCCUUCAGGGUAUUAUGGCCACUUUAGAAGCAAAUCACGGGCAGACUUUGUGUGUGAAUACAGACAACUAGCUCGUCCUGUACCUCCCAAAAAGUUUAUAGCACGCUCAACGCAGCCGACCCGGCGCCAUGUGUUCUCUCACCAUGACAACCGCCAGGCAUUCCUCAACGACGCACUCAUCUUUCAACAGGGCUUGGGCCGGCGGAGAGUUCCUAACAGCACAUAUCAGUUCAAAAAUGACUUCAUGGCAUGGAUGCCAGAACGAGAAUACAUAGAAAAAACUCAGAGACCACUUUCAUCGACAUACAAACAAGACUUUAUGCCAGGCCAGAGUAAGCAGCAGAUGUUUAUUACUAGACCGAAGACCUCAUUCGAAGGAGUGCCAACCACUUCAUACCGGUAUUCUCAUGGCCCUGGUGCUCCAAACAAGUCCACCAUAGAUGCUAUGAACAAUGAGGCUCUCAAGCUCAGUUUACUAAACAGAAAAGACAGAGCAAUGUCAGUCAACAAAGGUCGGGAGUCAGUGGCAUCCUGCCUAACAUGGGUUUCUGCUAAAGCAAAACCAGCCCCGGUUCAAUCUGACUCUGGUUCUGUCCGACCUAAUGUCCCCCUGGCUACCCAGACAACUGAGUUUGAGCCGCACCCACCUGCGGCCCCUAAACCCCAGAUGAGUCAGGAGGCGUGGCCUGUCCCCCAGGGCCCCUCUUCCCCGCAGCAACAGCAAGCCCCACCAACCAUGGCACCACCACCACCUACAACUGUAGCUGCUUCGGAAUGAUUCACUUUUGGAGAAUAUGUUGUUUUUGUAAUGUAACGAUUUAAUGUAGUUGUAUAACAGGCAUAUUCACUUAGCCAUGUAUUUGUCAUAGAAACAGAAGUCUUUUUCUAUAUGACAUGAGUUCUUUAUCUUUACUCACUAUUUCCUACGUUAUAUUUUCUCUAGCCAAAAUAGAUCUUGAAAGGAGACUUUACUGCCACAUGAUAGUGUUGCAUUUAUCAGACUGCUUAUUAUAAGUUGUUCACAAUUUUACAUUACCCUUAAAUGGUUUAUUAACUUCAGCAGGAACUUAAAUAAAUCUCAUUAUACAAAAUACAUAUCAUAAUGCAAACAUUACAUACUUCCUUUUGAAUUUUGUUUUGCACCUGAUGAAGCUCAGUUGCAUGAUAAAUGCAAAUAUCUGCACAGCAGCAACCUUAAAUAUUUCAUUUUGGGUUUUUAUUUGAAAUGAUAUCUUAAUUAUUCCUUUGGAAAUCUGUACGAUAUAUAUUAUCAUUGAAAAAAUAUAUCAUGAUUGAAAAGCAUAUUAAAUUUCAUUUCCAGUAUAUUGGAUCAUGAAUAUUUGGAUAUCCUUAUUCAGUCUCAAGUUUUACAUCAUAAUUUAUGUGAAGUAUAAACUCAUUAAAAUUGUACAUUGCUUUUGCAAGUUUUAGAGUAUAUCUUUUUUUUCUAUGGGAACAACAAAUCUAAUGUUUUGCCAAAAUAUAAAGGUUAAACAUGAGAUAUGCUAAGUCUGCAAUCAAGUUAAUUUCACUACAAAAAGAUGGAACUAGUUUUACCUUUUUAUUGAGUAUAAAACAUAACAUCGAUUUUAGUACGACCGCUAAUGUACUUACAAGGUUUUGUCGUACUGGGGAUGGAUGUAGAUAAAUCAUAGGGGGUUAGUGGAACUCCGAGUGCAUAAUUAUAUAGUCUUCAAGUUAAUAUUCCAGAGCAGGAAUGUAGAUCUGAUUUGUUAUUUUUAUAUUAUUUUUUUUAACACAUUUAGAAAGCAAAUACAUACACGUAUAUAUUCAUUGAUGUCAUAUUUUACAUUAUGUUGUAUAUAAUACAUUUAUCACGUUUGUAAGGACCCAUGUUUGCACAAGAGUAGAUAACAUACUGUACAUCAGGUAGUGCAAUCACUCCGUCAUUUUUGUUAUGAAUUUUAACAUUAGAUUAAUCUUUAAAAAAGCUAUAAGUAUAUUUGCUUUUAAUUACCAGUAUAAACAGAAAGGAAUUGUAGGCAUAGUAAGAGUUUGUAUCUAAUGAACCCCUCACAGUAUUACUAUGCAUAAUGUUAAAGUCUGUGAUGAAAUUAAAGGUGAUAUGAUUAUUAGAAAAGUAUUUUUAUAAAUUAUUAGUAUUAAACUGAUAUAGAGAGCUUUUAAAACCCCAGUACUUUUGCUAGAUACUAUAUUACAUAAUUCUUACUUUUAUUUGACCUUUGAGAUGUGUUAGACAUUAAAAAAUAUAUAUAUUUAAUGUUUGUUAAUAUUUAUAGUACCUGAUAUAAGACAGUAUAAGAAAUGUUUAUUUUUGUUAUCUAUGUGUGUUGGUUACACCCCUUUUACCUUCUGUUACAUGAAUGUUUAGUUAUGGUUAUAAUCACUUACGGUAUUAAUAAAUUUAGAGUACUA